AAAAAUCUUUUUUUCUCCAAUCAUCUCUCUCUCAUCCAUUUUCUAUGAAUAGUCAUUCCACAUCCCAUUUCAACCUUCCUCUCUUCAUCCCCCAUCAACCAAGGUGUUGUUUUUGCAUAUAGAUCUCUAGUCACUUUCUUGAAGUUUCAAGAUAUGAUGAAUGAUUAUUAUGCAAAAAACAAUAAUAACACCACCUUGGUUGUUGGAGAUAUGAACGGUGUCGUUUGCCCAAAACCUCGUCGUUUUAAUCCUUCCAUCAUUUCUAUCUCAUCUCCUCGAUCCCAUCACCACCAUUAUUCAAUUCAUCAAACUGAAAUGUACGAAACAAAAGCACAGACGGAACUCCUAGAUAUGAUUCUCACAAAGGAAUUUUAUGAUGUCGAAAAAACUAAUAAUUUGGUAUCAUCGUCCCCACCAUAUUUUUGUGGGUCACCACCAAGUCGAGCAUCUAAUCCGGUUGUUCAAGAUGUUCAGUUUGGUAAUGAAGAUAUGAACCCAUUUUCGCCCGUCUUUGAAGCCUCACCUUCUUCAUCGGCUCGUAAAGGUGGGGGAAGUUGUGCUCGAGGACAAUUUGGUCAAAAACACCCGACGGUGAGGGUCGAGGGAUUCAAAUGUCGAGGCAUCUCCGCCGUGGCUUAAAGAUAGUACAAAUUGAGGCGAAUUUUGACAAGAGAUAGAGGAAGAGGAAGAGGGGAUAUCUUAUAUCUAAGCUUUUUCUUUUUUUUUUUUUUUUUUUUGUAUAUUGAGAGGAUAAAACUUGUUUAUUAACAUGUCGUGGUUAUGAGUUUUGGUCCUCUUUGGAGUCUUUAUGUGAGUUUAAAUGUGUACAUUGUAUGUUUAAAAGAGAGGUCCAAGUGAAUAACAAGCGAAGGGCAAAAAGGUAGUUUGCCUUCGAUGUUUAGAAAGAGAUUUAUCAUGUGACUGUGUGAGAGAAGGUUUGCCAAUCUUGUCCUUCAUUGUAGUUUUGUUAAGGAGGCAAGGAGGAAACUGUCUUUUUCGAUUAGUAGUACUUUUUGAAUUGUUCUUUUA